AUGGGCCAGGGCCCGGCGGCCGCGGCCAUCACGGCCGAGGAGGCGUUGGGCGGCCCGCCCCCGCCGCCCCCGGCCGCCGCGGCCGCGCCCGGCCCGCCCCCGGCAGCGGCCGCCGUCGCGUUGUGUCGCGCCGCUGCCACGACGGCGCCGCCGGCUGAAGGCCCGCUGACGCUGCCGUCCAUCGCGAGAGGCGGCGCGCCCGGCACUGAAGCCCGCCGCCCGCCGCUCCCGGAGGCCGAGCCACCGCCGCCGCCGCUGCCGCCGCCCCCGCGCACGCGCAGCGCCGCCUCGGCCCGGGCGGGCGGCCGCUACGCGCCGGGGCUGCGGCGUAACAAAUGGAACAGCCGUGCCAGCCAGCGUCUGACGACCGUCGACGUCAUCACCGCCCUGUCUGACGUCACACCAGCCACCCUGUGUGACCCGCAGCGCAGUUAG